GUCAAAAAGAUGUAGCUUCUGGAAUUUGUCAGUUGUUAGAGAAGAAGGAAGGCAUCUUCCGCCAGAAAAUGAUGGGGAAAAGGGUUAAUUUUGCAUGCCGCUCUGUGAUAUCACCAGAUCCUUAUUUAGCUGUCAAUGAGAUUGGAAUUCCCCCAUAUUUUGCAUUAAGAUUAACUUAUCCUGAGAGAGUUACACCUUGGAAUGUAGUUGAGUUAAGAGAUGCUAUACGUAAUGGCCCAGAAUCCCACCCAGGUGCCACGUACUAUGCUGAUAAAGCAUCCACUGUCAAGCUUACCCAAAAUGGCAAAGUUCUUUCUAUGACAUCAAGGAAGCUUUCAUCUUCAAGAGGGGUAAUCAUGCAACAUGGCAAGAUACAAGAGCAUGAAUUUGAAGGCAAAGUUGUGUAUCGUCAUUUGAGGGAUGGAGAUGUUGUGCUCGUCAACCGACAGCCUACACUACAUAAGCCCAGUAUAAUGGCACAUGUAGUUCGCGUCUUAAAGGGGGAGAAAACAGUGCGCAUGCAUUAUGCAAACUGCAGUACUUACAAUGCUGAUUUUGAUGGGGAUGAGAUUAAUGUUCAUUUUCCACAAGAUGAAAUUUCCCGUGCUGAAGCCUAUAACAUUGUAAAUGCCAAUAACCAAUAUGUCAAACCUACCAGUGGUGAUCCAAUAAGAGCCUUGAUUCAGGAUCAUAUUGUGAGUGCCGCACUUCUUACAAAGAAGGAUACUUUUUUAAGUUAUGAAGAGUUCAAUCAACUUCUAUACAGUUCUGGCGUAUCCACUGCUUGGCUAGGUUCUUUUCAUGGGAAGGCUGGUCAGAAAGUUUUUGCGUCAAAUUCUGAGAGUGACAUUUCACUACUUCCUCCUGCAAUAUGGAAGCCGGAGCCCCUGUGGACAGGAAAACAGGUUAUCAGUGCAUUGCUCUAUUAUAUUGCCAGGGGUCAUGCCCCAUUUACAGUUGAGAAAAGUGCAAAAAUCCCACGUGAUUUUUUCAAGACUCGAACUGGGGAGAGAAAAAAAGGCACUGGAGGAGGUAUAUCAAGAAAGAAUGAAGAGCCUGAUGAGGAUAAAUUGUUGAUAUAUAAAAAUGAUCUUGUCCGUGGCGUAGUCGACAAGGCGCAAUUUGGUGACUUUGGUAUGGUACAUACAGUGCAAGAACUUUAUGGCUCAAAUAUUGCUGGCAAUCUGCUUUCAUCAUUGAGUCGUUUGUUCACAGCCUUUUUACAGAUGCAUGGCUUCACUUGUGGAGUAGAUGAUCUUCUGGUAACUGAAGAAAAGGAUGAUGAAAGGAAGAAGCAACUUGAAAGCUGUGAGGAAAUUGGUGAAAUUGUUCACCGUCAAUUCAUUGAAGCCAUGGAUGGUGCUGAAAUAGACCCUUUCACGCUUCAAUCAAAUAUUGAGAAAAAAAUACGUGAAAAUGGAGAAGCAGCCUUAACAUACUUGGAUAGGAAGAUGAUAAGCAGUCUUAACUCCAAAACAAGCUCUGGGAUGUUGAAGGUGCUGCUUUCUGAAGGGAUAUUGAAGCCUUGUGGAAAGAAUUGUAUUUCUCUUAUGACUACAUCUGGAGCUAAAGGUAGCAUGGUUAAUUUCCAGCAAAUAUCUUCUCAUUUAGGUCAACAAGAGUUGGAAGGAAGACGAGUCCCUCGCAUGGUUUCUGGAAAGACCUUGCCAUGUUUUCCUCCAUGGGAUUGUUCCUCUAGAGCGGGGGGGUUUAUUAUUGAUCGGUUUCUUACGGGUCUACGUCCACAAGAAUAUUACUUCCAUUGCAUGGCCGGUCGUGAAGGGCUAGUUGAUACAGCAGUCAAAACAUCACGGAGUGGAUACCUGCAAAGAUGCCUCAUAAAAAACCUUGAGUGCCUAAAAGUCUGUUAUGAUCAUUCUGUCCGUGAUGCUGAUGGAUCAAUUAUUCAGUUCCAUUAUGGAGAAGAUGGGGUAGAUGUUCAUCAAACUAGCUUUCUCACCAAAUUUGAAGUUUGGUUAACUAAUAAGGAAAUGAUUUACAGCAAAUGUCACCAUGAGAUAGACAGAUCCAGUCCUUAUAUUAACAAGUUGCCAGAUGCUCUUAAAGAAAAAGCAGAAAACUUCAUUUGUGAUAUCUCUUCUAAGCAGAGAAUUUUCAGUUCAAUUAACCGAGCCGAGUUCUUGAAGUUGAUGGAGCACAAAUAUGUCUCAAGUCUUGCACAGCCAGGAGAGCCAGUUGGUGUGUUGGCUUCUCAAUCUGUGGGAGAACCAUCAACGCAGAUGACUUUAAAUACAUUUCACCUUGCCGGACGAGGUGAAAUGAAUGUGACUCUUGGAAUUCCGAGACUGCAAGAGAUCUUGAUGACUGCCACACGCGAUAUCAAGACCCCAGUGAUGACAUGCCCCUUGAUGCAGGAUAAAUCCAUGGACCAUGCCAUUCGGCUUGCUGAUAACCUAAAGAAAAUAACAGUAGCAGACAUAAUAGAGAGUAUGAAAGUAUCUGUUGUACCGGUAGCUGUUGAUGGUGGUAAGAUUUGCAGUAUAUAUAAAUUGGAGAUGAAGCUUUACAAGCCUAAACACUACCCAAAAUAUGCUGAUAUAUUGCUUGAGGACUGGGAGGAAACUCUGGAAGUUGUCUUUGUGAGAGAGUUGGAGGAUGCUAUUGAAAAUCACAUGUUACUGCUCUCUAAAAUAAGUGGCAUAAAAUCUGUUACGUCAGAUUCUUCAAAUUCUUCGCAAAGUUUAGAGGAAGAUGAUUCUAGCAAUGUUUAUAAAGACAAAAAAGCUCACAAUGAUGGUGGUGGUGAUGAUGACGACGACGAUGGUGGGGAGGAUGCUGAAGAGGGUGAGGAUCUAGGCACUGAUGCACAGAAGAGAAAACGACAAGGUAGAGAUGAAAUUGAUUAUGAAGAUGGUGUGGAAGAAACGUAUGAAGGGGAGCAAUCGGAGGAAACCGUUGGAGGGGAUGACGGCCAUGGGGAAAGUGAUUUUGAAGUCAAUGAGAAUGAUGGCACUCGAGUACUUGAAUCCAAGCACAGCAAGUCUAUUGAUGAAAAGCCAAAAAUGAAAUCUAGAAAGAGAUCGGUAAAGGAUACUGACAGGGCUAUCUUUGUUAAAGCAAAAGGGAUGCAUUUUGAGGUCCAUUUUAGAUUUACCGGGGAACCUCAUAUUUUGUUGGCUCAGAUUGCUAGCAGAACAGCGAAGAAGGUUUGCAUCCAAAACUUUGGAAAGGUUGACCAAUGUAGAGCUAUUACGUGCAAGGAGAGUCAAGUAAUCUACUAUGGUGAAGAUCACAGGAAAAGGGUAGAUAUUCCAUCCUCAGUAAAGGAAAAAAUGCCAGCGCUUCAGACGACUGGUGUAGAUUUCACAACAUUCUGGGAAUUGCAAGACCAACUUGAUGUUAGGUACAUAUAUUCAAACAACGUCCAUGCUAUGCUAGAAACGUAUGGGGUGGAAGCUGCCAGAGAGACCAUCAUCAGGGAAAUAACAAAUGUUUUCAAAUCUUACGGUAUAUCUGUAAAUAUUCGGCACUUAACCCUUAUUGCUGAUUAUAUGACGCAUACGGGCAGCUAUCGUCCAAUGAGCAGAAUUGGGAGCAUAGCUGAGUCCGUUUCUCCUUUAAGCAAAAUGUCUUUCGAGACAGCAGCCAAAUUCAUAGUUGAAGCAGCCUAUCAUGGGGAGGUUGACUGCUUGGAAACGCCAUCUUCUAGAGUCUGUCUUGGGUUGCCAAUAAAGAUGGGUACUGGGAGUUUUGACUUGAUGCAGAAGCUCUAGUUCACUGAAGCCGUACGGUCUUCAACGCCUCCAGGAGUUCCUGCAAAAUUUUGGCCUUAGUGUAACAUAUUAUUUGCAAGUAUUUAUUUAAAGUUACUUUUUUUCUCUUUAGGAAGGCAAUUAAUGUAUUGAUAGAAGGUUCAGGCCCACAAAAAAAAAAAAGUACUGAUAGGUGUUCUGUCCUUUGGGAUGCAGCUCCCCUUACAGUUGAUUCGUAUAGCGAUAAUCUAUCCUGCCAUUUUCCCGUCUUACCAAAGAUAACAGUGCAUUAUGAUCAUAGUGAAAGUUCAGUGUAAUAUGAUAUUAUCAUGCUUUUGAUGAGAUGAGGUAAUAUUACUUUAUUACAUGCAUUA